AUGGCGUUAGGAGCUGCAUCUGAGGCGCUAAAGAGACACAUCCUGGAACCUUCUUCCUUCCCCUCUUCUUUUUGGCGUGUUGCUCCAACUUUGUUCGUACAGGGCUGGGAUCUUGUACCAAAUGGGGCUAAAACCAAAAAGCAAAAAGGGAAAAUCGACAAAAAAAAACAUACAACAGCAGGUAUUCGCUGGUGGUCACCCACCCAACUACUAAUCUGCCGAUCUGAGGCUUGUGUAUGGCAGAGCGGACGGGAUGCCCAAUUCUCCUCAGUCUAUGGUCGUAUGUGA